UAUAAAUAGCUCACCCUGCCCCCUGCGCUUCAUAGAGGACGCUUUGUGCCGUGCGGAGGGUGUCCAGCAAGUCGGGAAGUAGAAACGAAAGCCCCCAAAAAUCUGCCUUGGAUGGCCGAGUCUAUCAAUGCCGGGAUUGUGGGGGUUUUCUUUUAAAAAUCUGCCCACGUCUCUCCGGAGAGGAAACUGCUUAAGGGGGCCGGAGCCCUUAACCCGCGACGAUCUUCUCGGCGCGCCGCUCCCCCCCAAAUACGCACCCACACUGCACGAACCCCAAGAAACCAGAGCCCCAAGCCCCCACUCCUGUCCCGUCUCCUCUUUUCCCGGAGGGACGCCGGCGGCUACCUCUGGCGUGGAGCAGGGCCAGGUGCACGGGCUGGCGGCCGGCGCGGCGCCCCAGGACUCGAGUUCCAAGUCCCCGGAGCCCUCGGCCGACGAGUCACCGGACAAUGACAAGGAGACCCCGGGCGGCGGGGGGGACGCCGGCAAGAAGCGGAAGCGGCGGGUGCUCUUCUCCAAGGCGCAGACCUACGAGCUGGAGCGGCGCUUCCGGCAGCAGCGGUACCUGUCGGCGCCCGAGCGGGAGCACCUGGCCAGCCUCAUCCGCCUCACGCCCACGCAGGUCAAGAUCUGGUUCCAGAACCACCGCUACAAGAUGAAGCGCGCCCGGGCAGAGAAAGGUAUGGAGGUGACGCCCCUGCCCUCGCCGCGCCGGGUGGCCGUGCCCGUGUUGGUCAGGGACGGCAAACCGUGCCACGCGCUUAAAGCCCAGGACCUGGCAGCCGCCACCUUCCAGGCGGGCAUCCCCUUUUCGGCCUACAGCGCGCAGUCUCUGCAGCACAUGCAAUACAACGCCCAGUACAGCUCGGCCAGCACUCCCCAGUACCCGACAGCACACCCCCUGGUCCAGGCCCAGCAGUGGACUUGGUGAGCGCCGCCCCUACGAGACUCCAGGCCCCCGGCCCAGGCCCCACCCCUGCGGCGGAGGCGAGGAGGACUCGGCCCUUAACGGUGGUUAAUGUGUUAUUAUAAUUAUUACGGAGUCGAGUUGACUCUCGGCUCCACUGGGGAGGCGUCAGGAGGUGGCCUGCGCCUCCUUGGAGAGGCAGAUUCCACCCAGCCAGCUCUGCCUCAGCCCUCUCCCUCUGAACCUCUGGGGAGGGCUGAACCAUCAGCCGUUUACAGAAUGUUUGCGCAGCCUCGUUUCUCUGCCUCUCCCUGGGGGGACGGAAUGGUCCCAGAGUUAACGUUCUCACUUGAGAAGGAGAAAAAGACGCCCCCCACCCUCGCUUUUGUGAAUUUUGUAAAAUAUGUUUGUGUGAGUAGCAAUAUUGUCAGCCGUCUUCUUCUAAAGCAAGUGGAGAACACUUUAAAAAUAGAGGAUUUUUUCUCCUUUUGUUUUUUAUAAGAAAAUGCUAAAUAUUUAUGGCCAUGUAAACGUCCUGACAACUGGUGGCAGAUUCCGCUUUUUGUUGUAAAUAUCGGUGGUGAUUGUUGCCAAAAUGACCUUCAGGACUGGCCUGUACCCCUCGGGGCCCCACUCCUUUCUUUGUGGUUUGUUUUGGUUUGCUUACAUUUGUUUAGCCCUGCUUUCUUUAUUUUGUUCAGUGCAAACAUUUCUCAGAAAUGAAAAAGGAUAAAAAUGUGUAGGCGAGCGAGAAGCCCCUGCCCCAUCCUCCGGGUCCUGAGCCUCGGAACUCGGAGCUCAGCGGUUCCGUGCAGUUCCCCGAGAGCGCCGGGCGCUGAAAGCUUUCCAUUUUUUAAAUAAGAAUUUUAAUAAAAAUCCUGUGUUUAAAAAAACCAAGCCCGGCCCUCCCGUUUGUCUCACUGUGUCACCCUGAGCUGGGCCAGAGACCUCGGGCAAGAAGCCCCACCUGUCUGCUGGCCGCGCUCUCACCCCGUGCUGCCCCUGGGCCUGGGGCACCCCGGGCUCUGGGGAGGCUCCGGGAACAGGCCUCAC